AUGAACCAUGGUGACUAGUUAGUUGUAUAUAUAAUUUCUAAAAUCUAAACAAUCGAUUGAAAAAGUGCCGUAUACCAAGCAGAAAGAGACAAAUUUUCCGGUUUACGUUAGCUCAAUUCUUCAACUUCAACAGCAACUUCAACGUGCAAUCUUUCGUCUCUGAUCCCUCUAAUUCUUCUCUCACAUGAAGAAUCAUGGCAAAAACCAGAUCUCUCAAGAAAAAACCUCGUGAACCAAACCAUAACCCAAACCCUUCCAUGGCGACUCUUUCACCUCCUCCGCGACGGCGCAAGCCACAAACACUUGGCACUGUUUCCGCUAUUCUUGCUGUUUUACUUGUCAUUUCUAUAAUCUGUCUCUUGCUCGUUUCGUCGAACACUUGGCGUGCGUUUCAACAAGUUGUUUCUUUUGAGACGAUUACUGUUGUUAAUCAGUUCCCUCAUGAUCCUCAAGCCUUCACCCAGGGACUUCUUUAUACUGGAAAUGACACCUUAUUUGAGUCAACUGGUAUCUAUGGGAAGUCCUCUGUCCGUAAAGUCGCUCUUCGUACUGGGAAGGUUCAGAAACUUCAGAAGUUGGAUGAUUCGUUAUUUGGGGAAGGUUUAACUCUCCUCAAUAAUAGGCUGAUCCAAGUAACAUGGUUGCAGACAGUUGGUUUCAUAUAUGACCUCAAAAAUUUAAGCAAACUUGGGACAUUUAUUCAUGAUAUGAAAGAUGGUUGGGGUCUUGCAACUGAUGGAAAAGUCUUGUUUGGAAGUGACGGCAGUUCAACAUUAUACCAAAUUGAUCCUCAAACAUUUAAAGCUGUAUCAAAACAAGUUGUCUUCUAUAAGGGUCAUCAAGUACACAAUCUCAACGAACUGGAAUAUAUAAAUGGUGAAGUUUGGGCAAAUGUUUUUAUGACUGACUGUAUUGCAAAAAUCAAUCCUAAUGAUGGUGUUGUUGUUGGAUGGAUUCUCCUCCCAAAUUUAAGGAAAGAAUUAAUCGAAGCUGGGUAUAAUGCUAUUGAUGUUUUGAAUGGGAUAGCAUGGGAUGCUGAUCAGGAACGAAUUUUUGUGACUGGAAAACUGUGGCCAAAGUUGUAUGAAAUCAAAGUUUCACCUAUGAAGUCAAAAAUUAAAGAAGGGAUGGUUGAGCAGCUUUGCUUGCGCAAACCUUUCAAUUUUUCAUAAUUUAUAAAAAUGGUACUGACAUGAUCCUUCUCAAAACAAAACCAAUUCAUGCUACAAUUUAUAGUAUCAUUUUUCUGUAGCAGAUUAACCAAUCUUUCUGUAUUUAUAGAGCUGAGGUUUUAAGUAACAGUAAAAUGCAAAACAAAACUCAAUUUGAGAUGUAAUGUGUGCUGAAAAAGAAUGGAAAUACAACCCCAAAUGAGUAACAAUAUUUAGUGUUUAUUUUGAGGAGGUAGGUGCCAUUGUUUGAGCCUUUUUAGCAAAUCUUAGGCCUUAGAUACUUGCUGUUAAAAUUAUCAGUUAUGAUAUUUAGUGUUUUAAACUGCAAAA